AUGGUAAAUUUUUAUGAUGAUGCUAAUGAAUCCUCAAAUUCGGGGAACGAUGAAGUUCCCCUAAUACCCAUUGUGCUUCAAAAUUCAUCAGAACUGUUAGUCAGAACCAUAUCUACGGGAAAUGAAAUCAUUGAAUCGGUACAUUUGACCAAGUGGUUUCAGAAAUACAGAACUGGAGUUGCAAGUCAACUCAGUUGUUAUGAGAAAAAAUGGAAGACAAGAACGGCCAAUUUUAGACUCCACGUUCAACAUAUUAUCAACUAUUCGAGCAGAAACAUUUUCAAUAAUGAUUUUGAAAAUAAGCACACUGUGGUUCCAGGUUCGUUGAUAGCACUGGGUGCCUUUUUUGCUGGAAGCAUAGCGGUGAACAGAUCUAAUUGGGGAGCUAAGAGAAUGAUAUUUAGUCAUAACUCCAGUAUCCUCGAGAAACUAUGUACGUCAAUACCAUCGAGGAUAUUUUUACCGUGGGUGUUGGCUGCCGCAACGUUCAAGUACUGGGCCCCCCAAACAUCUCAGAAUCUAGUUAGUGCCACGGAAAACGAUUUACUACCAAGACAUUUCGUGAAAUCAUAUCAUGACACUUGGAAACGCAUUUACAAGGAGGGGUACGUCGCAAAAAAGAAUGACUUGAAAAGUCAGAUUGAUCAAACUUUACAGAAAAAUAUUAGAUAUGCAAGGGAACAAUUUUAUGAAAAGUUGGGACAAGCAUGA